AUAUAUCGAAACCGCUACGAAAUGAAAAGAAAGUCUGUCCUUUUGACCCCCAGUUACAGUACGGAACAUGCUCACAGAACACGACAGAAAAAUCCCACAUCACAAUUCGUCAACGAAAAAUCACAUGAAAAAAUAUCGCAAAACAAAACAAAAACCAUCAACAGGGAACAAACGAUCUCUGCCGCAGUUGAUCGAAUACGAAAAAGGCCUCUCCGCAUUGCGCGUUCUUCCUACAUCAGGCGAGAGGGACAGACAACGCACUCAAGAACGGUAACGGUUCGAUCCAACAACAAGCAAUAGAAGACGGUUGAUAGCCACAAGACAUCCUUCGGUCGAUUUCUCUCGGCGUGUGCGUGUGUGCCUGCAUGCAAUGGAACAACAACAGGAACAACAACAGGAACACCGUCGUCUUGGUUGUGAUCCGUCCCCGUCCAUCGCAGACCAAGGGAUGAAGAGCACGACGCACCGAACGCGCUUGCUUCCGUUUUGUUCGAGCACCGCGAACGCAACGGCGGAGCACGACAAGAACGAUGCUUGCAGAGAGAAGAAAGACGGUGCUUGGACAAGCCGUCCACGCGACAACCAUCCCUCCCGGGUCUCUCGGCGGAGACGGCGGAGUUGGACGAAGGAAGAAAGAAACGCGCGAUGUUCCACCAGAGGGCGUCGCCGGCUUUUGUUAUGCGAGGGUCUCUUCUCCGAGAGAUUCAGCCGCGGUUUCGUUUUGGUAGCGGUCGUCUUGUUGCUCUUGCACGAAAGAAAACCAUUGGGAACCAUGCCAUGGUGCAAGGACACAUCGAACGCCGGUGCCUCGAUCCAUGGAGCUGGCCUUUUGUUUGUUCGGUCCUUUACCUCGCCGCAACGGUCGUCUCGGGCGCACCAGAGCCGCCAACACACCAUCACCAUUUCAUCGGAUCGCCUGGCGACCACAAGGAUACGGGGGUACUUGUACAACGGUGCUUUUACCUUCUCUUGCCGGAGCACAAGCGGCAACAAUGGCAACCCCAGAGAGGACCCAAACACGCGGCUGUGCUGGAAGAGGGGGAAACGGCAACGAUUGCAAAGAAUUCACCACCAUCGCCAGCGGUGUUCGACCCUGUCGGCCACGGUAGAACGAAACGGCUCGGA